AACCAACCAACGAGUAUGGAGGGAUAGACGGAAGUGCACAGUUCGCUCCUGCGCGUGUUUCCUUAGAAAUCCGAGUCCGGUCCGAAUCUUUCCGCAAGUCCGAAUACAUAGAUAGGAUCGUAGUUCCUAGGGUUGCCCACCUUUCAAAAAGUGGCGUUUGCUGCUGGGAAUCUGAAGCCUUCUAUCCCCUUCUGCGGAAACAAAGGAAGCAAAAAAUGAAUAAUUAGGCAGAACCCCUCCCCAUUCCCGAUAAGAUGAACACGGAAGAUUCAUGUUCUUGUGGUACUGCAGCUGUUGUUAUUGAGCCACAGUUUGCUCAGCUAUUCAGGAAACUUUUGCAAAGAGAGGGUUUCCUGGACAGCAGUUACCGUGUGCAGAAGCUUCCUGAUGGUGCCAUGGCCUUGCCUGUGUUGGGCCAAAAGCUCACAGCAGAGCACCUGCAUCAGCUGAAGGAAAGUAUCCUGCCUGGGAAGACCUGUGCUUUAACAUGGAUUCUGAAUCCCGUUCCUUCAAAAGCGGCCCAAUUCCGGCCUCCCAUCCAGAAACUGUAUGAUGAGUUGCAGAGCCUGAUGUUGAGCCAUGGAGUUGCCUGGUCAAAAGAGUUGGAGAGAGAUCUACCACGCUCCUGGCAACGGCACGGGGAUCUGGUUCUGUUCAGUGAAGAGAGCUUCAGAGAACCCCUAUGGGGAGAGCUGGGACAAGAGCUCUGGGAGGUGGUUGCUGGUGCACUCGGGGCCCAACGUGUGGCAAAACGCGGACGUGUGCAGUCAGAUUUGUUUCGAUCCCCAACAGUGACCCUGUUGCUGGGGGAGGAUGGCUGGGUUGAACAUGUAGAGAAUGGAAUUCGGUACAUGUUUGACGUGACACAGUGCAUGCUGUCUCCAGGAAACAUCACCGAGAAGCUGCGAAUAGCAUCUCUGAAGUGUGCUGGGGAAGUGGUGGUAGACCUCUACGCUGGGAUUGGCUACUUCACCCUGCCGUACCUCAUCCAUGCUGGUGCUGCCUUUGUCCAUGCCUGCGAGUGGAACCCGCAUGCCGUGGAAGCACUGCAGAAGAAUUUGCAACUGAACCGUGUGCAGGAUCGGUGCCUCGUUCAUCAGGAAGAUAAUCAGAAGCUGGAACUGUGGGAUGUGGCUGACAGGGUGAAUCUGGGACUGAUCCCCACGUCGGAGGCAGGAUGGCCAAUCGCCUGCCGGGUUUUGCGGAAAGAUGUGGGUGGGAUCCUGCAUAUCCACCAGAAUGUGGAAUCCUUUCCAGUGAAUGCCCUUAGGCUGCACCACAAGCCACAUCAGGAUCAACCUCGCGAGCAGCUUCCAGUGCAAGCAGUGUCCAGCGUACAAGAGGACAAGGUGGCCCUUGCAGACCACAGUAUUCUACAGGAUGCGGGAAGGAAGGACCUGGCUCUCUCAGCCAGGGGCGAGUGGCAAACGUGGGCAGAGGCCACAGCAAUCCAGAUCAGGACUUUGCUUCAGGAUUUGGACGGGAAGCAGUGGAGGACUAAAAUCUUGCACAUUGAGCAUGUGAAAUCUUACGCCCCUCACGUGCACCACCUGGUCUUGGAUCUAGACUGCCGGCCCCUUAUGUAGCACACAGGUAGUUGGCUUUCCUACAGAAGCAGCACUAGGAGAAAGGUCCCCCAUCUUUAUGGGCCUGGGGACACAUUUGGAAAUCUGAAGAGCUGUUAUAGGCAGCACAAAAUACCCAUUUUGCAGAAGUGAAGACUGGUGAGGCUCAGAACUUCUGCCCUAGACAGGUGAAACAACUGCAACCUUCCCUGCUCAAGCCCCAAGUAAAACACAGACAAAAAAGGAGGAGGAAACCGCUUCCCAAACCGCAAAAGCAAACAACAAAACGAAAAUAACUUGCCUAAAAAUAAAAGAUAAGGAGGAACUGGGAGCCUGGUGAGGGCCUUCAAAAGUGUUGUGGUUCCCACAGUCACUGCAUUGUGGAAUCUAGCUCUACAACAUGGACUUUUCUUCAAGGCACUAGCAUGGUUUAGAGGAAACAGCUUUGGGUUUGGGCAGCAGAAAUGCAUGUUGUUCUUUUGGAUCUGCAUGCAAUUCUUCACUGCCAUCCUCUUUUAUCUCUAGUGAUAUGAUUGCUGUUGUUCAUCUUGGGAGCGUUCUGGCAGGAAAAGGGGCCAACGUAUCUCCUAAAACCUUGCUGUGAGCUCUGCGUUUUCUCCAACUAAAUUGUACUCUGUUUUCAAUGGACCAGCCCGGUACAGUUUUUCUAGAAAAAGAGGUGCCAGAACACACCAUGAACGCCUCCAUUGUUCUCUUAGAAUUGCAAUGGUGCCCACCUGAGAGGUGCUGGAACUGAGUUCCAGCUAAAUAAAAAAGCCCUGCACCUGCCCAUGAAUUUUAGUGGGUCUACUUAGAGUAGGACUAGCAUUGGCUACAAUCCAAUCUUUAGGAUGCUGUUGCAUUUUCACUCCUCUUAACAUGAGGUCACUGACAAUCUAUACAUCAGAGGUCGCCAGCUUUUUUGACCCCUGGGCAUGCUUGCAAACCAGAGAAGCUGUUGUGGGCACCACAUGCUCAUCUCCACACCCCUCGCAAUGAAGCACACACCACAGCCUGUUCAGUUUGCUAUAGCAGAGUCCUUACUUCAAGGCUAAUUUUAGCAAAGGGCGAGGACGUCCCAGGCACCAGGGAAGUCCUUUCCAGGCAUAUGUGUGCCCAUGGGAUCCAGGCUAGCAACCCCUGCCAUACCCUGUAUUUACAGGAGUUGGCAACUGAAAGUCUCUGAGUAAGGUGAGGUCUACAGAUGACCAUUUGCUGGCCCAUUAAUCCUUGAUGCCAUCUCCUACCUGCUUCCUCUUUUCUUCCCAUUUCGCCCCUUCUCACCUUUGGAAUAUCCUGGAAGAAACCUAAAGGACCCCUCUGUCCUGCAGAUGGCAGCAGGAAAGUGCUUUCACAGAGGAAGCAAAGGCAUGGGAAGUGCAGUGGGGAUGGAAUAUUUGAUUCCAUCUAGUGCCCACCUUGCUUGUGCUAAGAAUACCAAACUUUUACUGUUUUCAUUGCCUUGGCAGGGCAGCAUAUUUUUUUUAUUUGGGUGCCAGCCAGUUUCUAGUACAAAGAUGUCUCUGAGUAGAUCAGGGUGAGGUAUUUGCCUUAGGGGCCUAUUCAGCCCUCAGUGAUUUACCCAGGCAACACCUCUUCUUUAUAUUGUUUUAAUUUUAUCGGGGUUUCAUUACUUUUUAAUAAGCAUCUUUUAACUUUUUGUAGUUUAUCUGUAUAGUUUCAAUUUGUGUAAGUCCUGGUCUGGGAAAAUGGUGGGGCACAAAUUAAUAAUAAUAAUAAUAAUAAUAAUAAUAAUAAUAAUAAUAAAAAUUAUUGGCUCUGCUACAUGCCCUCCUUGAGUGGUUUUGCCUGGCUGGAAUGUGCCCUUGAAAGGCAAUAAUGUGUCUUGCUUGCCUGGGUGGAGAGAGGUGUGUGAAGAAGCCUUGGGCUGCUUGAACGUAACCUACUGCUGCCUCUAGCAAGCUUGGGCCCCCAGAUGUUGUUAGACUGCAAGUUGCAGCAUCCUUGACCAUUGGGCCAACAACAUCUGGGGACCCAAGGCUGCAUUACUGUAAGGGUAAGGGUUGCAUCCAUUGCUUUGCCCCCUUUUGCCUCUAUUUCAGCCCACACCUGGAAGGUUUCCCAAGAGGCAAAGUGGCCUUCGGGCUGUAAAACCUUCCUACCCCUGGACAUGGGCAUAGCCAGGAUUUUUGUUGGGAGGGGGCAGUCCUCUUGUUGGGAGGAGCAGAACCUCAAUUACCUAUGUAUUUCUAUUUCUUUUUAUUGAUGGGGGGCAGCUGCUCCUCCCUGCCACCCCCUUGGCUACACCCAUGUUCCUGGAAUAGAUCAAUCACAUGCAAAUGUCUUGGCGCAGCUUUAGAAGUGUGUUUCAUUUGUAUGGGUUUAAACUAGAGUAACAUUUCUGGGACGUUUCUGUGCCUGGAAAUUGGGGAGCAAAAGGUAACUGCAGGUAAGCCCUGAAUGUUCAGAGUAAAUAUAGGCCAGGAUUCCUGUUUGUGCUCCGUGAGGCAUCGUCUCAAUCUGGGAUGUACAGCCUUUGCUUAUUUGCCUCAAUCUAAUCUCCUGCCUGCCCGCAGGGUAGCAAUGGGAGCUGUGAACUCAUUGUCUGGGUGGGGUGCCUACCUGCCAACACUAAGGUCUGUCAUUUUUGUUAUCAUAGCUCAGAACCCAGAGAGCAAACGGAGCAUGAGUCAUCAUUGGCCAGCUUUCCAUUUGUUCUGGAAGCCACCUCCUGCGUAAGGGAGCCUCUAAAUCAGUGCCAAGAAGCAGCAGCAGCAAAGGUGGUUGCCAAGAGGAAGACCAGAAAACCUAGAGGCUAGGCUAAAGGGAAGCAUUUAAUCACUGGAUACAGGAAAAGACUUGGAAAUCCUUGCAGGCAAGAAGUAAAAGCCACUCUCGGAUCUGGGGCCUGUACAAACCAGUCUGGUCUGACCCCACCCACGUUAUCGCUUGUUAGGGUUUUUGUGUGUAUUCUUGGGGAGGAGUUCAAAUCCUGCAGCUAGUGAUGACAUGUAGCCAGAUAGGUCAUCUGCGUACUUUGGACCAGGACCAGCCCACCUCUCCUCUGCACUAGCUUUCUGCAGCAGCGCUAAAUUUGACAAUAGCACCUGUGCCACUCUUUGUGCCAAGCAGCAAGCUGUGAGAGAUAGGAGUUUUGGUCUGAUUCAGCAGGUCUCCUCCUGUCUUCAGUAAGGUGCAGAUAGGAGCCUAGGAAGCUAGCUGCCUCCUACUGUGUGGUCAGACCCAUAGGUCCAUCUAGCUCAGUGCUGACUAAUGAAAGACCACCUCCUACGCUCCACACUCUGGUGUUAAGAUCAGUAGAGGGGGCUCUCUUAGUAACUCGAUCAGGUGUGUUUGUGGUCAGGUGGCCCAGGAGAGGGCAUUAUCUGUGGCAGCCUGUGGAUUGCUUUCUUCUGUGCCAUUCCUUCUCCACAGAGAUGCAUCUGGUACCUUCAUAGUAAUAGUUUAUGCCAUAUGCUGGAGAGUCACCUCUUUACCCUGGCUUUGACACUUGAGACGUGUUUUCAGGACCUGCCCUAUUCAGGUAACUCAUUUCUCUUAGCUGUUUUAAAUGCAUUUUAAAUUAUUGUAACCUGCUCUGGCAGCAGCUGUCCAGGGUUUCAGGCAGAGGACAUUCCUGGUCCUACCCAGAGUUUCCAGGAAUUGAACCUGGGCCCUUCUGCAUUCACAGCAGAUACUGUACCACUGAACUACAACCCUAUUUAUGAGCUAGAACAUUUUAGCUUCUCACCUUGUCAGCUGCUGUUUUGUUACUCAAAGUAACAUAUAUAUUAUUUUAGUGAUAGUAUAUAUGAUACAGAUAUUCCUUUGCCCGAGAAGCCAGGAAUGCCCCUUUUUCUAAUAAUGCAAUUGUUGCCAUCAGUUUUUAUAAUAGGCUCAAGGCACUCUUAGUAGUACUGCAUGCUCUCAAAGCAGUUCUUACGUCCAGUAAAAGCGGGGCCUUUAUUGUGGUGGCACCGGUCAUUUGGAAUGCGCUUUCAAUGAACAGCAGUAAAUGCAAAGGUUGUGGACGUCACUCAUCAUUUAGAUACCUGAUAGGUAGUGCUGGAGAGGUAUCAGUGGUCAUGGUGCAUGUAAGCACCAAUGACAAGGAAAUGUAGUCUCGAGGUCCUGGAAGCCAAAUUUAGGGUGCUAGGUAGGAUGCUGAAAGCUGAGACCGGCUUACAGCUGAUCUGUUCACCCAGGCUUUGCCUGAAGGGUGAUCCUGCUAUGCUGAUUUAUCAACCUGUUAUUGUGAUUUGUGAUGUAUUCUGUAUUCAUUUUAUGAAGGUCGCAGGCUUGCCAUCUCUGCCUUAUUAAGUAUUUGUAUUUAUAAGUAAUGUUUGACAAUGUUAAAAAAAAAAGCUGCACAAUUAAUCGGGCAAAUGCCUUCUCAAUAGUGGCACUACAACUGUAAAAAUUGCUGAAAGGAACCUAAAGAAAAGCCCUGCUAGAUCAGA